GAGAGAGCGAGAGAGAGAGGAGGGAGGAUCACUGGGCUCCGUGAGCAUGCGAGGAUCAGUAGCAACAGAAUGAGACGGAGAGAUAAAUAGAGAGCAGCAAAGAGUCAGAGGAGAGCGCUACUGAGGACUAAAGGACUAUCAGAGAUGAGAGAGAGACACUGAGAACAAGCAUGCGGACCAAAGGGGAGGAUAAGACAAGAACAAACCCGCAAUGCCCAGAGAAAUCCAUCCAACUCAUUACCUGCAGGCCUUUGGUUAGAGACCGAGAGAAGCCUCGACAGUGAUGUCCAAUCAGAAGUAGCUAAUCUAGUAAGGUGGUCAUUAAUGGAAGGACAUUGAGGGUUUAAAGCCUUAUUGGAUAUUGAAUUCCUGUCUCCAGCUUUCAAAUACAAACUCUCUCACACAGCCUCGCAAACACACAAAUUAUUUUUGGGUAAACAAACGCUGGAAACAUUCCCUGCUUUGUAUUGGAUAUAAUCCAGCUGACGUUGGCUGAUGUCACCACUUGCCUCCAUCCAGUUCAGCUCCUCAGGGGGCUGAGCCAACCUGCAGAGGAGUAUGGGCAGGAGGGUGGCUGACCCAACCAAUCCAGUGCCUGCGCUAGGGGUUCCCCUGGCAGGGGGGCGAUGGGGGCCGCUGUGCAGUGUCGGGGUGCAAACAUCUCCCGGACUGCGGAAUAUUCCGUCCAUAAAACGACACGGCAGCCAACAAACAAACACACAUCAGCCGCUCACCAUGGCAACAGACAAAACAACGACAGGGGGAGUUUUCAGAAGCGACAGCAACAGUCUUCCAGUUUCUAAGGAGACAUCUCAGAACGAGAUCAACAGCCUGACACAGGACGACAUGGGGUCACAGGGGUCAGGCAGCGGAGUUUACUGCCAGAUCAAAAAUAUACGGACAAACUCCAAGGACGCAAGUGAUAAAAGGACAGCUCGGUAUACAAAUGGCAGUGUGGUAGCCUCUGACGUAGUCGGAGGGGUUUGCACUGAUGCCACAGAAGGUAAGGAGCCGGCUCAGGAGAGGAGGAGGGUGCAGUCUCUACGAGGAGAGGGCCAUCGCUCGGUAUUAAAAGCGGGGAGUGUUUCUACGACUGUGCACGCCACCCCACCCCGGCCCUGUCGAAUGAUGCCAACUUCCCCACCCAGCCUUUGUGGGACAUGUGGGAGGAGAAGAUCACAGAUUACACCGUGCACUGGUGCAUGUCGCAGGAAGGCUGUCACUCAAAUAGCAGCAAGCCAGACUUUACCUAAUCCGCCACGGAAACAGUCCGUGGCUCCCAACCAGUCGAGAAAAGAAUCUGCACUCGACUCUCAGUCUAACUCUAAAAACACAGACACAGCUAACACCACCACGCACACAUCAGUAAAGACUUCUCAAAUAUCACAGCUGUCACACACUAUACCAAAAACACACAGCGCACAUUCCAACCACACAUCACACACGCAGAACAAAACGAAGCAGUCGAAGCAGCAGACAAGGCCACAUUCUGCAGACUUUACACAUUGCAAGGACUCAGCCACUCAAACAACAGACAUACACAUGCACAACAACACAGACAGGACUGCAGCUACCACACCUACACAAGGACCACACACACCAUCUGCAGAAGCAACAGAGUCACAUUCGACUGACAAGCACAAGUAUAACUUGGCUAAAAUCCAGCACACUGAUAAACACACACAGCAACACACAUCAGUCCAUAUCACUUCUAAACAUCAAGCUCCUUCCAUUCAGAGUGACUUAAAAUGUGCCGACACCCCAACUCUCCCACCAAAAAACUCUCCGAAACCCACUCGUUCCAAACCGGCAACACCUGUAGCGCAAGCCAAAAGCACCCAGGAGACAACAAACACUCCCAAACAAACACCCUUGGAAGGGAUCAAACUCAAGGACUACGCAAAACAGAAGAGCAAAUCAUUUGACGACCACACUCUGCCUUGUAAGACUCAUAUGAAAGCACAAUGUAAUGGAGCUCCAGGAGGGUUGUUGGGUGGACCCGCAGGGAACGCACCACGCAGGCUGGAAAGUCAGUUGCAUAGCGUGGAGGAGAACCUUCAGUCCAAUCAGGAGAAGAUCAAGGUGCUUCUCAACGUCAUUCAAGACCUGGAGAAGAGCAAGGCCCUCAGUGAAGGUCGCAGCUCAUACAGAACUGGACAGGACAUUAACAACUGCCCCACCUGCCAAAAGACAGCCUGCAUCAUCUACAGUGUGGAGCAUGAUUUCCGACAGCAGGAAGGACGCUUCCAGGGGGUUAUGGAGGCCCUGGAGGGGGAAUAUGAUAUGCCUGCAACGACUCUGACCAAGCCCACUCAAGCCCCUUCCUCCUCCAGCCGUCCCAGCACCAAGGCUCGGGUCAAGAAACUUCGCAAGAAGUGUUUCUGGUGGCUGUAAGACUUGGCAAGAAAACACAACGACCUUUCCAGCCAUAUGGCAUAUAAGUGAUGAUGUUUCAGUAGAGAUCACAGGCUCCAACGUGUUGGAAUAGAGCAUCUCUCUCAUUGUCCCGGGGGAGUGACAUGUGUUCAAGUGUCAUUGAAAUCAGUGGUUGCCACUUUCCAAGCUGCAGUCCCGUAAAUGGCACUUUUCCCACAGUAAUCCAUCUUCAGCUCUGAACAAAAUACACCAGGGGACCAGGUAGAGAAAGAGAAAACGCACUAAUGAAGGAGAAGAGGACCAAAGGAGCUGCUGAACUUUCUUCUGUGAUCAAUCUAAGAGGGAUAUCGAGAAGGAGCAUGACCUUCUCUCUGUGUGAACCAGACUUCAGCAGCUAAUUUGAGAUUAACUUUUGACUCAAAGUGAGGAUCCUGUUUUUCCCUUAAUAAUUCUAAAAACAGAGAGACGAAGCACAGAAACUUUGGACAACAGAGAGACAUAUUAUUUUUCACUUGGCUGAGUGGCUGUUGUGGCAGAUGGACAGAUGUAGGAACGGAUUUAUAUCCAAUAUGGCUUCACGCUACAGCUGGGAAUUAAUCCUCACAACAAUCUUGGCUAAAUCACGGCCAUAAGCAGGGGAAUCAGAACGUUUUUGAAAAUCCAAGGAAUUUAACAACUAAUCGGAAUACUGUGUCUUUGGACCGCCAACAUUUGAAUGUAGCAACAACUGAAGAGCUAAAGAGGAUACAGUAUAUGGGCAACAGAAUGAUGAGCUGUCUGGAAACAAAGAUGGAUAUCAGGGUUUUGGAGAGCACAGUGGAGACUGUUAACACUGUGUUAAGAUACAUUAAGAGACAAAGUGAUGGCAGCAGACUGACAGACCUUGUCAGAUUAUUAAAAAUUCUGUCAACGUUGUCUGACAGAGUGAUUGAUUCUCACCUUUAUUACCAUCCAAAAUGGAAGUGUUUUGAUGUAAACUCAAUCUUGUUUCAAGGAUUUCAACACACACACACACACACACACACACACACACACAUACACACACACAAACACACACACACACACACACACACAGGAAAGUAUUUCACACUCGCACACACGGUUGACCAGUUAUCACUUCACAGAUAGUUAUUGCCUGUGUUCAUGUUUCAAAGAUGUAUCAAUACUUGCAAAGCCUGAGCUAAUAUGGCACCUAUACAUUCUGUAUACAUUCGUGUGAAACUAGCUGUGUAUGUCUGGAGCUUUUCUCAACUUCACAUUGCAGAAAGAUUGCAGAGGAAUUCUCUGUUGUCGUGCAACAUAUGGUGAGCCCAACAUCAUCUGUUUCAUGUGAUUUAACACCCACCGACUGACUGUCUGCAGAUUCACAGUGAACACAUACAGUACGUUCCCCAGUAAAUGAAACAGAAAUCUUUUUUGGAAAGCUGUUCCCCAAUAACAAACAUCACUUUGUUCACAUUUCCACAUCUAUAAAGUUGUUCUGUAGGAUAUAGGCCACAGUGACUCUGCUAGCUGGUUCAUUAAGCUAUAAUAGAAGCAAAUGAAUGCUAAAGCCAUCCGUAACACGUACAAAUAAAAUCAGUAUAUUUUAUCAGCUCAAGGUACGUUAUCGCAUUUAAAAGUAAAAUUUUAAACAAAAAACAACGUAUUUGUAAAAUCAUAACACAAUUAGUAGAUGAAUACAGUAUUUUAUAACAAGCUGUAUUAGCAGACUUGUCUUUUAGCAGACAUUAAAACCCCAAAAUAUGUACUAAUGCUGUAUGUCUAUCGCUGUUACAAACACACCCACAUCAUUAUUUUGCACACACAUAAACACACACCAUUUGCACAAUGCUUAGUUUACGGCAGUUUAUAGGUUAACCACAAAUCUCACAACGACCUACUUCAGCAGCUUCUGGCUGACAAGCUGCCACCAAUUAGAAUCCUGGAUGACUCCACACUUGCUAAUUAACCAUAACAGUGUGUAAGCUCCCACGAUACCCCUCUCUCUCUCUCUCUCUCUCUCUCUCUCUCUCUCUCUCUCUCUCUCUCUCUCUCUUCCUGA